AAAAUGGAUUUAGGAAAUCAGUCCAUGGUGUCAGAAUUCGUGCUUCUGGGACUUUGCCAGUCAUGGAACACUCAAGCCUUACUCUUUGUGAUAUUUUUGAUGCUUUAUCUGCUCAUCGUGUCUGGAAAUGUUUUCAUCGUAAUCUUAAUCAUCACUGACUCACAUCUCCACUCCCCCAUGUACUUCCUGUUGGCCAAUCUGUCCUUUGUCGACAUGUGGCUUUCCUCGGUCACCACUCCUAAGAUGAUCACAGACUUCCUCAGGGAGAGCAAGACCAUUUCCUUUGGAGGCUGCAUGUGCCAGAUCCUGUUUGUGCAUUUUGUUGGAGGAGGCGAGAUGGUGCUUCUAGUAGUUAUGGCCUAUGACCGCUAUGUGGCCAUCUGCAAACCUCUCCAUUACACUACCAUUAUGAGCCUGCAAAAGUGCACUGGGUUGGUGGUGACUGCCUGGACCAUUGGCUUUGUGCAUGCCCUCAGUCAAAUUGUGUUUAUUGUACAGUUACCCUUCUGUGAACCCAAGGAAAUAGAUAGCUUUUUCUGUGACAGACCACUGGUAAUCAAGCUUGCCUGCACGGAUACCCGUAAUUUAAACAUUUUUAUGAAUAUCAACUGUGGGUUUGUGGCCAUUACUUCCUUUGUCCUUUUGUUGAUAUCCUACACAUACAUUCUUCUCACUGUCUGCAAAAACUCUAAAACUGGAGCAUCCAAGGCCCUCUCUACCUGCACUGCCCACAUCACUGUGGUGGUGCUCUUCUUUGGGCCCUGCAUCUUCAUCUAUGUGUGGCCACUUAACAUCACCUGGAUUGACAAAUUUCUUGCUGUGUUUUAUUCUGUAUUUACACCGCUCUUGAAUCCAAUUAUUUACACUCUGAGAAAUAAGGAGAUGAGAAGCGCUAUGAAGAGAUUUAGUAGCUGUCACAUAGACUCUAAGGAAUACACUUAG